CUCCUCAUCCACCUGCCUCCGGAGUAUUUAGUUCAUGCACGUUUGUGUGAAGUGACAGCCUAACAGAACAUCACCAGAGGCACAGUGAGGCACAGAAUCAGAUUUCUGUGGACAAGGAUCUGAGAAUGCACAAUGAAAUUAUGCUUUUGUUGAUGAUGAGUUUGGUGACCACAGCUGUUGGUCAAAACAACUCAUCUGCAUCUAUAUGUGGCAUCGCUCCACUCAACCCCAGGAUAGUGGGAGGUCAGGAUGCCCCUCCAGGAAGUUGGCCCUGGCAGGCAAGCCUUCAACAAAAUGGCUUUCACGUCUGUGGUGGGUCCCUCAUCAACAGUAAGUGGGUGUUGACUGCAGCCCACUGCUUCUCCAGCUCGGAUCCAAGCAUAUGGACCGUUGUGCUCGGCCUGCGUACCCAGGAGGGAAAUAACACCAACUCAGAGUCUUUUAGUGUGGAUUUGGUUGUUAUAAAUCCGGAAUACAAUGGAACCCCAUACGACAACGACAUCGCUCUGCUCAGACUCUCCUCACCUGUCACCUUCACAGACUUCAUCCGACCCGUCUGUCUGGCAGCCAGUGGCAGUGCUGUUAACAAUGGUGCUGAUGUCUGGUUGACUGGCUGGGGCAAUAUCAAUGAAGGAGUGUCCCUCCCUCCCCCUGGGACUCUCCAAGAAGUGGAGGUUCCCGUUGUGGGGAACAGAGAGUGUGACUGCCUGUAUGGGGGACGUAUCACUGACAACAUGCUUUGUGCUGGUUUUCUGCAAGGAGGCAAGGACACCUGUCAGGGUGACUCAGGAGGUCCGAUGGUGAUGGAGCAGUUCGCUGUCUGGGUCCAGCCUGGGAUUGUUAGUUGGGGUAAUGGCUGUGCUCGUCCCAAUUACCCAGGAGUCUACGCCAGAGUGUCCCAGUACCAGUCUUGGAUCACCUCCCACAUCAGAAAGGACCCCCCAGGCUUUGUGUUUCUCUACGGUGGUGUAGAUGGUGACAGCAGUUUCAUUUGUCAUACAGCCACGCCCCCAACUACCACUGAGGAAUCAACUCCCUUUACCACUGAAGAUGAUUCCAUUUUUGGUAAAGGCCAGGGUGUGUUUGGUUCCCUUUAUAUGCUGUGCGCCUUGCUCAUUGGGGUUUUUCUCACCAUCUAAUGUACUGAUCAGUACCAGAUUGUAAUCCAGGUUGGGCUUUUAUUGGCAGCCUCAGUAUAUGUAAUAAGGGCUAAUAUCCCGCUGAACAGUGAAACUGGGGAAGAGUCAGCUUGCUGUUUAUCGACCUCUUUAGGGCUGGGUGUGCAGUUUCCCCGUUAUGUCGGAUUGUUUUUUCCUUGUCACAUCUUCCUGACUGAAGAUGGUUUUAAUGGGAUGUAACUGUUGUAUUGAUUUAUUGGUGAUUGAUAUUUUGACAUGUAUUCAUUAAAGGUGCAAUCUGGAAUUCAAAUGCCCUUAAACCGUUAUAGGUUAACAUCUAAAGUACUGAAGCUGAGGAAAAGGGACUCUUCAAUUCAUACAAACCUUUGGGUGAUUUUUAUGAUUUCUGUUUACAAACAUUAGUUUAAAACAAGCCUAUGUUUUUGAUGAAGUAAGGUAACCAUCUAUAAACGGAUGUGAACAAAAAACACUGCUAACCCAGGGUAAAUAAAGGAUAAAAAUAUAACAUUAAUAUUUACAUAUUGUAAGUGAGAUUUAUCACAAAGUUAGUAUUUUCAUAGGCUCCCAAGUAAUGUGUACACUUGAGUAAGAUGAACAUUCUGUGUUCAUUGUGAAUGAACUUUCUGAAAGCUGUACGACUACUAAGCCACACCUCCAGUACAUACCUCUACUAAGCCACACCUCCAGUACAUACCUCUACUAAGCCACACCUCCAGUACAUACCUCUACUAAGCCACGCCUUCAGUACAUACCUCUACUAAGCCACGCCUCCAGUACAUACCUCUACUAAGCCACGCCUUCAGUACAUACCUCUACUAAGCCACGCCUCCAGUGUUCUCAGGUAGUGGAUGGUAUCUCAGUCGUGGGGCUCUUAAGUAAUAACUGGAAUUAAUUAAUCAAAUGGCAUUAAACACGUUGCUUUCGUGUCCUUAAAACCAUUCCAGUCAGUCCAGUCAUUAAUAUGAUCUGUCAUCUCCUCAGCAGCCUUGGGUGGCCCAGAAAACCCCUCCAUCAUGUUGGUAAUCAAAACAACAGAGUGUUGUGGAAAAUUCCCCGAUUACCCCUUUAACAUAUGAGAAAUCGCUUAUCCUUUUAAAGUGAGAGCUGUAUAAAAAUGCUAACUCAGACUUGUGAAAUCCUCUUCUAUAUGUUUUUUGUCAGAUGUUUGGUUUGUCUGUGGUGGUCUAGUGAUUAAUGUUGCAGUCCCAGUGAACAUGUUGUGUUGGUGUGGUUACUUCCUGCUGGACACACUGACCUCUCACUGUCCUUCCUGUUUUCUCUUCUAUCUUUCCUAUUGAUAAAAUCAUAGUUAACACUG